UACCCCUGACAUGCGCACUAAGAAGCGCAGGAGGGGGCGGGGCGGCGGACUCCUCGGUGGCUCGCGGCCUCUCCCGUACCCAGCUCGCCCCGGCGCGGCGCGCCCAGUGACGUGCAAAGGAAGCGACUCUCGCCUAGGCCCCGGCGAUAAUCGACCGAGCGCCGGGUCCACCGGCCCAACGGCCAUGGCCUCCGUCGGAGUGGUCUCGGGGCGACCGGCAGAGGAGACGCUACCGCCGCCGCAGGAGCCGCCGUUGCAGGAGCAGAAGCCCCUGCCCGUUCCCCAGCCUCCGCCGCAGCCUCAGCAGCAAUCAUCUCAGCCGCAGCCUCCGGCGUCGGUUCCUCUGCAGCCCCCUCCGCCCCCGGGCCUCAAGGAGGAGGAGACCUACUCUUUCCUGCCUUUGGUCCAUGACGUCAUCAAAUGUAUGGACAAAGACAGUGUUGACAUGCACCAGGAGUUGACUGCUCUCAAGACCAAGUUCCAGGAGAUGCGAAAAGUGAUUAGCACUAUGCCCGGUAUCAACUCGAGUCCAGAACAGCAACAGCAGCAGCUGCAGAGUCUGCGGGAACAAGUCAGAACCAAAAAUGAACUUUUGCAAAAAUAUAAGAGUCUCUGUAUGUUUGAAAUCCCCAAAGAAUAAAGCAGGCGUGUUACAGUGACAAAAGUGACAAAAACUGAACCAGAGAAGCCAAGAUUUCAUUUUUUCUUCCCUCCCCCACCCCUCUGGUGUGGUUCUGUAUGGAUUCCAGCUACUCAUUCUCUAGGGCAGCUUUUUUCAUACUUCUUUGUUGGCUAUGCUCAGUGGUUAGGUCACCGUGGCUGGUUGGAGGCAUGCAUACGAGUGUUUUUUCUGGUGUGAAUUAAAGGCUCACUAAUGGAAGUGAGCAGUAUACUUUCAUGGGGGCUGAAACUAUAUGGCUGCCUCCUGGGAAGUAACCAUCUGUCACAUUUUCUGGUUCUGACAGCACUGCUGAAGAACACAGUGGGAAAAGAGGGUAUUCUUUACUUUCUCCUCCCAUCCCACACUCCCUUCCCUUUGGUUAUGUUCGGUGUGUACGAGGUACAUACUGUUCCUAUUUAUGGAAGUUUCAUGAAACUUUCGCAUGGAAUUAAUUGGCCAAAUUACUCUUCAUGCUGCUUGGGUUUAAUGUGAUUAAUGGGUGGCUCUGUGAGAAUGAACAUAAUUUUGAAUGCACGGAGGCACCACAGGGAGGAUUUUUAUUUUUUUGUUCAUGGCAGUGUCAGAGCCCUAAAUAGCUUGUUUUCUUUCUGUUUGAGCCAGUAAAGAUAGCAGCGUCAGUGGGGGUGUCAGUCAGUGAACCUGUGAGGCAGCUAUGAAGCCCUCAUGCCGUCCAGGUCUUGCUAUGCCUACACAUUCUUGCUACUCAGUUAGAUUGUCCCCUGCUGUCUUCAAUUAGCACAUUUGGCCACACUUUUAGUGCCAGAGUAAACAAUUAUGCCAGGAUGGGCAAAUCGGCUCUAAUUAUCCUUUGGGAUGGAGAGAGCAGUUGGUUCUGUUACUGCAUAAGGAAAACGAGUUUUUGGGUGAGCAAAAAUCCUCUCCCCUCCUCCUUGCCCCCUUUGAUGUUCAGAUUCAAACUGUUAUACUGGGGGAAAAUAAUCAAUAUUUUUUUUUUUGCUGGUCUCCUAUGACUGACUAUUAACCAACACAUUUAAUUGAAAGGCUCAUCUAAAUGGCAAUUCUGAUUACUCCCAUCUUUGGGUGUGAGACAGUCCUGUGCAUAUGCUCAGGCAUUGGAGUUGUACAUCUGCGUUCUGUUUUUCAAAUAUUUGUCAAGUGCCUUCACGUUUUCCCUGUCCUGCCUCUGAUUUGUGAGGGUGAGCACUUGAGCUUUGUGCUGACUUCCUUGGCCAUUAAAUCGGCAUUGAAGUUCCUUCUCUGCCUCUUACAGACAGGCAAGUUAAUGUUAUUUAGGGCAGGAGUUUGGGUUUCUAACCUCUGCUGAUCCAGUCAAGUGCCUGGUAAGAUGCUGUGCACCUCCUGCUUGCUGGGAAGUGUUCUUUGAGAUCUUUUUGGAAGGGGUUCAGUCUGAAAAGUUCCUGUCUUCAGCAAGUUGAGCUGCAGUCAUCUAUUUAUUGCAUUACUGGGAGCCAAGAGCUCACCCCUAGUAGCCAGAAUGUGUCUGGUAUAAUAAGGCAGCAGGGGACAGUGUAGUGUAGGAGGAAAAGCAGUUCUUGGUUGCUUUCUACAGAGCAGGGAGCUCUGAAUUUAACUGGGUUAGCAGGGGAAGCAAAGGCCAUUUAGACUAGUUCUACCUUGUGAACUAUCACUGACCGAACCCUUUAGUGAUUGGUAGAGGAACUAGAUCUUUGAUUUCAUUGGCAUAGGAAACACCUGGCUGAGGAAGCGCCCUCUGCCAGGACACAGCAGAACCUUUUCUGAAGCUUAGUCUUAGAGAAGUGCCGAGAGUACCAGGAGGUUAAAUGACUUUCACAGGAUCACACUGUGUGUGUCAGAGGGGGAACCUGAACCCGCCUUUUCUGGCUCUGAGGCAGUCUCUCUGUCCCCUAUGUCACAUAUUACCUCUCAACUAAAUCCAUGAUUUCCUGGAAAUUUUACAGUAAUUAAUAUGUGGGCCUCAUCUAAGGCUCUGACAGAAUACCCCGAAAGGAGCUCUAUGUCAGAUUCAUUUGAAUCAGGACUUGCUUGAGCUAGCUACAUCAGCUACCACCUAGUUUUAUUGUCUAUAUCUGUGAAAACCCAUUUCUGGCAUUUAUUAAAAAUGUCCAGUAUUGGUAAUUUUUUUUAAGCAUGUAAUUAACUUAAUGUAUCAAAAACCUGUGUCUUUUGCUAUGCUGUCUCUCUCUCUCUCUCUCUCUCUCUCUCUUUCUCUCUCUCUCUCUCUCUCUAUUUCUCUCUCUCUCCCCCUCUCCUUCCCCCUUCCCCUCCCCUCUUUCCCUCCCCUCUCUCUUUAGGUUUUAUGAGGUAGGUACAGAGGCCUUAAUAGUGUCUCUUUUGAAUGUUCCUCAUUCAGACACAGUGAUGUUAUUAAACUUGAGCUUUUAUACCUCAGAAAUUGGUAAAUAGGAAAAUUUGGGGUUUGACUUACUGCUUUGUUGAUUAGCUAGACUUAAAGUGUUGGAGAAAAUGUCAGUAAUGUAGAUUAAACUGAAAAAUGUCCUGUGCACAUUUCUUGAGAGCUGGUUAUUAAACAUUUACCAACACACUCCUUAUAGGAUAGUAAUAUUUGUCAUAUAGUAGCAGCCUAAUGACUGUGACCUAAAACCUCCACUACUUACUCUUGUUCCUUUGUAUCCCACCAUAACUGUAUGAUUUUUGCAUAUAUUGAGGGUUCAAGUCUUAAUACUUCUGCUGCUUCUCAUUUGCUUGAAAACCUUGGGCUCAUUAAAUACUUGUUGAACCAUC